AUGAUUGAGGUGAACUUUAUAGACAUAUUUGCAAACGGAGGCACGCCAACAGACAUACUCAAAAAGAAAAUGACACCAACUGUGUGCAUCUCCUCAGCAAAGCCAAAUGCAGCGCUGAAGGUGGAGGUGGUGUACUCCAUUAGCUCCUCUAACACAGACUACGACCAGAUACUGUGCAGCGAGACAGUGGAAAACAUUCCUGCAGGGAUGGUUGAGUUUGACCUGGAGACAGAAAUACCAGAUCUGUCAAAGAUCCCGCGGGAGCAGCUGCUGGGCCUAGCAUCGAUACUUUUCCUGUUUUACACGGAAGAAGGCCAUCAGUUUGUUCGGGUAGGGUAUUUUGUAAAGAUAGACUACCCAGGAGUGCAGCUGAUCGAAACACCAAGAGAGUACCAAGAAGACGCAUUUGAGCUUGAAGAGAUGGAGUACUCAUCAGAAGGCGCGCGUGCAGAAGAGGCAGAGCAGAUGGUAGAGAAGGAGGCCAUGCAGCCCAUAGGGACAGAAGAGAACGCAGAAAAAGAAGAGGACAGCCAAGAGCAGGAGAACCCAGAGGACGACGUGUCAAUUGGGGCCGAGGAGGCAGAGGAGGCAAACAAAGAGGAAAUAAAGCCAGAGGGUGUUCACGAUGGAAUUCUCUUCAUAACCGAAGAGAACUUCAAAGCAAUGGAUAUUGACAUGAGCAAGAUUGAAGGACAGAUUCUGGACCCUCCUCUAGUAACUGUCUUUACAGAGGCAUGGACUGCAGCAGAAGAGGAAGAGAACUCUCGCCAGCCAGAGGAAGAAUAG